AUGGAUUUGUAUCUGAUUGGAUAUUGGAUGUGCGUGUGGCUGUCCAGCUCGCGGGUGCUUGGAGGCUAUCCCAUCUGGUGGUCCCUGGCCCUCGGGCAGCAGUACUCGUCUCUGGGCUCCCAACCCAUCCUGUGCGGCUCCAUCCCCGGCCUGGUGCCCAAGCAGCUGCGCUUCUGCCGCAACUACAUCGAGAUCAUGCCCAGCGUGGCGGAGGGGGUCAAGCUGGGGAUCCAGGAGUGCCAGCACCAGUUCCGGGGCCGGCGGUGGAACUGCACCACCAUCAAGGACAACCUGGCCAUCUUCGGCCCCGUGCUGGACAAAGCCACCAGAGAGUCGGCGUUCGUCCACGCCAUCGCUUCGGCCGGCGUGGCGUUCGCCGUGACGCGCUCCUGCGCCGAGGGCACGUCCACCAUGUGCGGCUGCGACUCCCACCACAAGGGGCCGCCCGGCGAGGGCUGGAAGUGGGGCGGCUGCAGCGAGGACGCCGAGUUCGGCGUGCUGGUGUCCCGGGAGUUCGCCGACGCCAGGGAGAACCGGCCGGACGCCCGCUCGGCGAUGAACCGGCACAACAACGAGGCGGGACGCUCGACCAUCCUGGACCACAUGCACCUGCGCUGUAAGUGCCACGGCCUGUCGGGGAGCUGCGAGGUGAAGACGUGCUGGUGGGCGCAGCCCGACUUCCGCAUGCUGGGCGACUACCUGAAGGACAAGUACGACAGCGCCUCGGAGAUGGUGGUGGAGAAGCACCGCGAGUCCCGCGGCUGGGUGGAGACCCUGCGCGUCAAGUACAACUUCUUCAAGCACCCCACCGAGCGCGACCUGGUCUACUACGAGGGCUCGCCCAACUUCUGCGAGCCCAACCCGGAGACCGGCUCCUUCGGGACGCGCGACCGCGCCUGCAACGUGUCGUCGCACGGCAUCGAGGGCUGCGACCUGCUGUGCUGCGGCCGCGGCCACAACACGCGGACUGAGAAGCGCAAGGAGAAGUGCCACUGCAUCUUCCACUGGUGCUGCUACGUCAGCUGCCAGGAGUGCGUGCGCGUGUACGACGUGCACACGUGCAAGUGA